AUGGAUGCCUCAGAAGUUCUUCGGAUUAUUGGUGCACUCAAUACACGCACUCUCCAGGCAGAGCGCCGCCAAGCGCGAUCUGAACAAGAGCUAGUCGCCAUACGGGAAUCGCUCAGCCAAUCUAGGAGCGAGCUAGAGGAAAUCGUCCGUUUAACCGAGCUCCUGUAUGAGGUUAAUCGGCGAAUGGGAUCAAUGAUGGACUACCUAUUCAGAGAGCAGGGAAUCAAACAUGGGCUUGGAGAUGCAGAGUCAUUUGAUUUGAUGUUUGACUUGGUGAUGAAGGGGGUGGAGGCGGAGGAGGCUGGGCAGGCACCAAAGUGCGAGAAGUGCGAGGAGAAAGGGGGAGUCCCCACCGGCAGCCGUGCCUCCGCACCUGCCGAGCUCAACAGUGGAAGUGGUGCAAAUUGA